UUUAAGACUAAAAUUUAUUCCUAAUUGGCCUGCAAUUUGAUCGUGUGUUCUCCGAUGCAAUAUUGUAGGAGCAAAAACCAACAAUUUGAAAAGAAGUGGAUAAUUUCGAACAUCGGGACUCAGGAGUCUAUUCAUGUGUGACGCAUGUUUACUCAUGUGUGACUGCAAUGCAAUAAAAACAAAUGGAACACGAAAGUACGGUACGGUACCCUAAUCAAAUUUUAUUUGUAAAACGAAGUUCUAGUUUGUAGUUUACAGACUUUUUGGGGUACGAACUUAAAACAGAAGAUACAUCGCAGUUAUAUAGGAUCUCAGACUUCAAUUUAGAAACGAAGAAGUGAAAAAAUGGGUCACUGCUGCUCCUGCAGCCAUAAUGAUGGAGAGGGUGAUGUGUCUGAAGGAGAGCCUUAUGGAAAGGAAAAGACGUUCGAUCCAAAUUUCAAGGGACCAAUAAAGAAAAGAUCAUGCACUGACAUUCUUUGCUGUUUACUCUUUUUUGUUUUCAUUAUCGGAUACAUUGUCAUCGGCCUUUUUGCUUGGUUGAAUGGUGACCCUGUUAUUCUACUUUUUCCAACUGACAACCAGGGUAGAAUAUGUGGCUUGAAUUAUGGAGAUCUCGAUUUAAGGGGUAAAAGCAACCUGUUCUAUUUUGAUAUCACUAAAUGUGCGAGUGCUGCAACUUUAAUCAACUUUCAAUGUCAAACAACACAGAUAUGUGUAUCAUCGUGCCCUGACACUUACUGGACAUAUCUACCUGACGUGGCAAAGUUGGAAUUAGCUAUCAAUACAGCAUCUGCUGGUGCCACCAGGGAACAAAUAGCAACAGCAGCUAACACAACUUAUUUCUUGGAUUGGAAUAAAUAUAUUUGCACUUAUGGCUUCAAUGCAAGGGAUGCUUAUGUAAAUGAUGGAAUGGAUAUCCAAGCCAUUAUGAACUCGGGGAAAUGCGCUCCAUAUUACUUACCAUUCUCCCCUGUUGUUGGUCGCUGUAUACCAAGGGUUGCUACGGAUCUUGUCAGUUUUGCAGCUGAAAGUCUUGAUUCAGCUGGUAAUUCAUUGAAUGCAACACUUGUGGAUUCCAACAACCAAACUAUAACCGGACAAAGUUUGCUUGAUGGUACUGCACCUAUUAAACUUUAUCUUGAAGCGCGUGCUAUUGCAGAAAAAAUCUUUGCUGACUUGACGGUUUCGUGGUACUGGCUUUUGGGAAUGUUGGGUAUUACUGCAAUUGUUGCUUUUCUUUGGAUUGUUAUAAUGAGAUGGGUUGCUGGUGUAAUGGUAUGGGUGACGUUGCUUGGUAUUAUCGGUGUUCUAUCUUUUGGUGUCUGGUAUUGCUAUGACGAAUGGAACAAAUUGAAAACAGUUGCUGGUUCUAAAACUUCUAUCAUAUCUGUUGGUUUCACAACUAAUCUCUCCACAUACCUUGCUUUACAAGAUACAUGGCUUGCAUUCCUCAUCAUACUUGCAAUUGUUGAUGCAAUUCUAAUACUUGUGAUAAUUUUCCUGAGAAAAAGAAUCCAAAUUGCAAUUCAAAUUAUCAGGCAAUCAAGCAAAGCAAUAGGUUGGAUGAUCAGUACUCUCUUUUACCCUCUAGUGACCUUUAUCCUCGUUCUUAUCGUGAUAUCGUUCUGGGCGGCAACGGCUCUCUUCCUUGCUUCAUCAGGAAGUCCCGUUUACCAAGUCAUUGACUCAAGAAACCUCACAAAUUCAACAACUGGUCAGGCCUGUAACAUCAAUGAAUGGUCGAAUUCAACUCAUCAAUAUUAUUUAAAUGAUGCAGUGUCAUGUGUGUUUGUUAAAUAUGGCGGGACAUCCAUCUUCCACAACAACGUGAUUUGGUUGCAAGUAGUUGCAGUGUUUGGUAUGCUUUGGAUUGUAAACUGGGUACUUGCAUUGGGACAAUGCACUUUAGCAGGGGCGUUUGCAUCUUAUUACUGGGCAUGGAAGAAACCACAGGAUAUUCCUCUCCUACCAUUGUAUUCAAGUUUUGGAAGAGCACUAAGAUACCAUACUGGUUCACUGGCAUUUGGUUCGCUGAUAAUUGCCAUCGUACAAAUUAUUCGUAUUCUGCUUGAAUAUGCUGAUAAUAAACUAAAGGCAGCUGAAAACAAAGUGGCAAAGUUUGUGCUCAAGUGUCUCAAAUGUUGUUUUUGGUGUUUGGAAAAGUUUCUCAAGUUUUUGAACAGAAAUGCUUACAUCAUGAUUGCUGUGUAUGGAAAACACUUUUGUUGGUCGGCUAAAGAAGCGUUUAAACUGCUUAUGCGAAAUAUUAUUCGAGUAGCUGUCCUUGAUAAAGUUACCGACUUCAUUCUGUUUAUUGGUAAAUUGAUAGUUACCGUAGGCAUGGGAGCUCUUGCUUGGGCAUUCUUCACUGAUAAGUUCAUCUCACUUCAAAUCUUUGCACCAUCGCUCAAUUAUUACUGGAUGCCAAUUAUUAUUAUUUCAAUCGCCGCUUAUUUUGUGGCAUCUGGAUUCUUCAACACAUUUGCGAUGGCCGUUGAUACGAUUUUCCUCUGUUUCUUGGAAGAUCUCGAGCGUAACGAUGGUACUGAAGAAAAGCCAUACUACAUGAGUAAAGGUUUGAUGAAAGUACUUGGAAAGAAAAAUAAAAAAAAGAAGAAGACAAAAGAUGAAUAACUUGCCCACAACUAUUGAUGUCGUGUUUAAUAUCUUCAUUGCAUUUUUCUUCACACAAUUUUUUUUCAUUUUUCCUCCACAUGACAGAACACCAACUUUAUUGCAAUUUUGUAUGUACAGCUUUUUAUGACAGGAUUGCACUAAACUUUGUUUUGUAUAGAAAUCAUUAUUAGUUGCACCCCAUGUAUUGCAUUUCAUUACAAUUACUGCAUAGUCACUUGUUAUAAGCAAUAGAUAUGCACACCAGCUUUAUUACCUUAAUUUUUCAUUUCUAUAACUGUGGUUUUCUCGCUUCUCAAUGUUGCUUAAGCACUUAAAAUAAUGACAUUGUGAAUUUGAAUUUUCUGGAAACGUUUAAAUCACAAAGUAUUCUCUUUUAAUGUUUGCAUCAUACCAAGACCAAUAAUCAAGACUUCUUCAUUUUAUGAUCCAAUCUUUUCCAUGAUUCCUCACACAUUGCGUUUGAUAUCACAUGACAAUGCAAAAAUGUGUAAAUCAUCUCUAUUAGAAUAGAUGUAGCUAUUGUAGACGUAUUAACAUGUGUUUGUACAGUUUCAAUGAAAUUAGGUUCAGUAAUUAAUAUUAUUGUUUUUCUCUAAAUUUUCAAUCAAAGUGAAACUUCUCAUUUACUAACUAAUAAUUUUUAAGGUGGAACAUUAUUUUUCUUGAUUUUAUAAUGACAUUCCUUCAUUUUAUGUUUGAUAAGUCUGUGGUGCACCAUAAAACAGAAUCAAUUGCAUUUUUAUGAUGAUUUCAUAGUAAAAACUGAAGUCAGAUUUGUAAUGGCGGGCUUUCCUGUCAGUUAGAUUGUACCAAUGUAUAUAUAACUAAGUAGUUAUAUACAUUGAUUGUACACUCAGUGCCUUGUGUGGUAAAUAAUUUUUUUGUGUACUUAUUGAUGUAGAACUCGUUACUAAAUAAAUAAAUUAGUAUUUCCACUGA